CUUCCUGAUCAUCAGACUGGCCGGACGUACUCUGCAGUGCAUGCUGGGAUUAGAGUGCAGCUGUGGGCGCCACCAUGUUCGUGUACGGCGGAAGCGCAAAGCACGCUGGGAUCAGUAGGUUACGUUGUUGAAGUUGCGCUCGGCGGGAAUUCUUAAACUGGAUCCUGAGUGAAGAAGCUUUGACGAGAAAGCAAGGCCCGGUGGUAGACAAAUUAGCAUUACUGUACGGCUUCUUAGGGUGUUCGAGGAUGCCCGGCUGGACCAUAGUGGCCACGGCGGUGAGUUAAGGACGUCCGGGUCCAUGUUAUCCCUGCCUUGUACGUCCAGCAUCGUAAGAAAAAACACUUGAGAACCCGAAGAGGAGAUGGAGUCUGCAAAAACUUUGUGUCCAGGCAGAGAGUGUAGAGGAGGUGUUUUAGCUCACCUGGAAAGACUAGAGGCUCGAACAAACAGAUCGAAUAGAAAGUCUGAAGAACCAACAGUUCGUGAAAAGGAAAGUUCUCUUAGGACCAAGAUUCAAGAACUGCAGCAACAGCGAGAUAAGCUGAGGGCAGAAGUGAAACGGUGGAGAGCCAGAGUUAAAGAAUCUGCCAAAGAAGACCCAAGCAAAACAGUGAUUAGUGAACAGGAAGUUCUGGAAAGGGAGUGGAGAAACGUGAAAGCCAUUCUAGAGGCGUAUCGCUUUACAGGGCUCAGUGGGAAGUUGACCAAUCGUGGAGUCUGCGUGUACAUCAGCACAGCCUUUGAGGGGAACCUACUAGAUUCCUACUUUGUGGACCUCAUCAUAGAGAAACCACUCCGGAUUCAUCACCAUUCCAUCCCAGUGUUCAUCCCUCUGGAAAAGAUAGCCGCAGCACACCUACAGACUGAUGUUCAGCGCUUCCUGUUUAGUCUCUGGGAGUACCUAAAUGCCUACGCAGGAAGGAAGUACCAGGCAGACCAACUUGAGAGUGACUUCUGCACUGUCCUCACGGGACCUCUGCAGAGAAACGCCCUGUGCAACUUGCUGUCGUUCACCUAUAAAGUGGAACAGGGACGCCAGGCCUUCUCCUUCAGUGCCAGGUUGCUGUAUGAGGACCCCACAGCAGCUCUUCCCACGGAUGUCACUGUGACAAGGCCAGGUGUGGAAGCAUCAUCCCCUCGUUGGGAAGAGCACAGAGCAUCCCAUCAGAUGCUCUUCCGUACCAAGCCCUUGCACCAGGUGUUUGCUUCACUUUCCGAAGAAAGCGAAAAGCUGGACUUGAGCCUGGUCUCCUGAAAACUGUGUCUCUGUUUGGGAACAGCAGAGAUGAGCACUGUGCUGCCUCCAGUCCAGGACCAGUCAGCAAAAGCUGGUGGGAGAGUCCUUGCCUGGAUGCCACCAUGAGAACAGAUACCCCGUCAUGGGAAUGACAAGUCAGUAUCUGUAGGCACUGGGCAGUUGGGACAGUUCUCCAAAGUGACUUCUUGUUCACUCAGCCUAGUACUCCCGAGUAUCUCUUCCUCCUAGAAGAACCAGUGCUGACUUGAUUGGAUGCAUAUAUUCUUGCUCGAAUCAGCUAGAAUGGGGGGAACUGAAGACCUUUUGUAAGCACUUCCAGCUUUCGUGGGAGCUAUAAAUCCAUGAUAGGGCUUGAGGUUGGGUUUGGAGCAGCGUAUGCUGGGCCACUAUUUGGUAGGAGACAGUAUUUUUAUACUUGGGGGUAUUUAAUAUUGUUUCCUAAAAUAGUUCGGCAGAGAACAGCAUACAUAAAGUCCCGUUAAGGAAACACUGUUGGAAAUCUGCACAUAGAUCAGGGGAAGCUCCUCUGUCAUGUCUCCCUCCUGCAAGCCCCAGGAAUGGCUGUCCUCUCCCCAUGUCCUAGAGACUGCUAAUGUACCUUUUCUCUUUACCACGGGUCUGUGCUGUGCAGCGUGUGUUGUUCCUCGGCUUAGGGCUUCUUGACAUCUUUAGGCCUGCCUGCUGGUCACAUCCUCCCAUUACAACUCCUGCCCUUCCUCUGCUAGUCCCAAAUAGGAUCUUUACUCCACAGGCCCAGCAUUUGGGCUUCACUCUAACUUAGCCGCUUCCUAGAAAUCUCCAUGUGUGGGAGCUCCAGCAAACUCCAGGAAGAAUUCAGGGAAGGUAAGCCAGUAUGGGUCCCCUAACAGGUUGGGAUAAAAGGUUCAUGAUCUGUGUCACAGUAACAGAAUUGUCACAACAGUCUCGUCAAGUUGAGUAAAGCUU